UGUUCUCUUUUUUUCACUCUCAGAAUCAGUCAAAAAUCAGAGAUACCCUUUUAAUUAAACCUUUAUCUUUUAAAUUCUUUAAAAAAAUCCCAAAGAAUUAUUUCCUAAUCAAUCAAUACAAAAUUCAAACAAAAAAUGUACGGACAUAUUUGUCGAAGCCGUUCAACAGCUACAUUAACCCCCGAAAGUUUAACUAACGAGCCACUCCCAAAACUUUGUAAAUCCCAAUCUUCUUUAAAUAUUGCCCAACGUUAUUCUGAUAUUAAUUCCCCAACAAGAUACUGGCCAAAAAACAAACCCUAUUACUGGCCUUUAACUAGCAAUUUGUGCUCUAUUGUCUCCAAUUAUUUUUACUACCCUUUAUUUCGCUCUUAUUGGCCCUCUUAUCGAAGUUAUUUGUUAGAAACAAAUUGGUAUAAUCGAAAAUUUGAUCGUUACCAAUUUUUACCUUCAGACCCUUAUUACAAUUAUUGGCCUCUUCGAAGUAGUUAUUAUUACUGGUAUCAUUAUCCUUAUUUUAAACGUUGGUAUGGAAAUUUUUAA